GAGGCCAUCAGUGGCCCUUCAGCUAUUUAAAGCAGCUUAGCUUCCUCGUUGCCCAGACCACACAUUUAAUAACACCAUCACAGUUUUCCAUGUGACUGGUCCUUUAUCCGUACGAGUUGUUGAAUUUCUGCUCUCCUGCCUGAUGUCACGACAGCUAACAUGACGGAAAUUGAGCCUAUGAGCAGCUUUGUCUCUAAUUGUGUUCACUGAGCUGAAAGACUCUCAGCACAGCAAACAGCACUCAGACACUAUCAGCAGAUGGCUUCUCUGGCACAGGUGAGCAUGGCAUCGCUGUCGGUCAGCUCCGGCCUUAACAAGGCUGUGCGUCAACAGUACAUGAGCCUGCCUCAGGGAGGGAAAUGUCAGGUCACAUACAUCUGGAUUGACGGCACCGGAGAGGGUCUGCGUAACAAGACACGGACCCUGGACAUUGAGCCAACCAGUAUAGAAGAUAUUCCUGAGUGGAACUUUGAUGGUUCGAGCACAUACCAGUCUGAAGGCUCCAACAGUGACAUGUACCUCAUCCCAGUCUGCAUGUUCAGGGAUCCAUUCACCCUCGACCCCAACAAACUGGUCUUCUGUGAGGUCCUCAAAUACAACCGCCUACCUGCAGAAACAAACCAUCGAGCAGCCUGCAACAAAGUGAUGGAGCAGGUUAAAGAGCACUGCAUCUGGUUUGGCAUGGAGCAGGAGUUUACACUUCUAGGAAUGGAUGGACAUCCUUUUGCCUGGCCACAGAACGGAUACCCAGGACCCCAAGGACCUUACUACUGUGGAGUGGGGGCAGACAAUGCUUACGGACGAGACAUUGUAGAGUGUCACUACAAGGCCUGCCUCUAUGCAGGGGUCAAAAUCUGUGGCACUAAUGCUGAAGUCAUGCCAUCCCAGUGGGAGUUCCAGGUGGGUCCCUGUGAGGGCAUUGAUAUGGGCGACCAUCUUUGGGUGGCACGCUUCCUGCUGCAUCGUGUGUGUGAAGACUUUGGCGUUGUUGCAACACUGGACCCCAAACCAAUGAAGGGCAACUGGAACGGUGCUGGUUGUCACACAAAUGUCAGCACCAAGCAGAUGAGGGAAGAAGAAGGACUCCAGUACAUCGAGCAGGCCAUUGAGAAGCUGAGCAAAAAACAUACCGAGCACAUCCGGGAGUAUGACCCACGUGGGGGGGAGGACAACAAGAGGCGUCUCACAGGUCUCCAUGAAACCUCCAACAUCGAAGACUUCUCUGCCGGAGUGGCCAACCGAGGCGCCAGCAUACGAAUCCCUCGCCAGGUGGGCCAAGAGAAGAAGGGCUACUUUGAGGAUCGCCGCCCUGCUGCAAACUGUGACCCCUAUUCUGUGACCCGGGCCAUCACAAACACCUGUCUGCUUGAUGAGGAAGAAUGAGCGGCAGGAGGUGUGGCAAGGCCUAGAAGAAAGUAUACAGCCUUUGUAGAACAGAUCAGUAUAGAAAAAUACAUGAGGAAUUUAUCUGAUUGGUGUACUUGAAAAAUAUUCAUGCAGGAUGAAUACAUGAAGGCAGACUAUAUGUUUGUUUCUUUUUCUAUAUCAUUUAUCUAGGUUAAUAAAGCCAUGAGCAGAGAUAGCUACUUCUCCUCGAUCUCUUCCUAGAAAUCAGAUAUGAAUGGAUUAUUUUGUACAGCAGAAUUAAAAAGUAACAGUUUUUUUCUUUCAAUCUAAAUUAUCGGUUCAAGAAUAAAUCACUGUUUCUUCAAACUAGUGUCAAAUGUCUUAGUGUGGAUGUUGGGAAA